AUGAGGUCAUCGUGGCAUCGAAGCCGACCGUGUGACGUCCGAGGCUUUUGCACGGGCCUCGGCCUUCCUUCCGGAUCUACGGCCUUCCGGAUCCAUGGCCUUCCGGAUCCAUGGCCUUCCGGAUCCAUGGCCUUCCGGAUCCACGACCGCACUGGCUCACGUGUUGAUGAGGAAGGAGAAGGACAUCCCAUCCCUCUGAUCCCUUAUGAAUGUUCUUCUUUGGGCAUCAGCAUUGGCAGUUUUGUCAACCUGCUGAUGGCUGAUGGCACUGAUGGUGCCAUACCAGCAACCUAUGCUAGGGAAAGAGAGAGAGAGAAAACAUGGGACAUGGAUUAUGAUCCCCUUACUGCCAGGAGCAACCAGAUGCCUCCAAACACCUCUUCUGAAGACAGUGCUCCAAUGGUGACACUUUGCCAUAAGAUUGUGGAUGAGUCUCUCGAGCCUCCCAAAAGCAUGGCCAAAGCAUGGAAGGAAGGGAGGAUAAAACUAUGCCCCAUCGAGGAAAGUCUGAUGUCCGUCCACAGUCCCAAGGUGCCAGACCAUGAUUUCUUUGAAAAGGUAAAUUCCUGGUAG